AUGUCUCUGAUGAUCUAUAUUUACAUCAUGUUUAUACACCAACUUCAUCUUAUUUCUGUUGUGUUUCAGACUAAAGUAUUUGACAUGUUUGAAAUAGCAAAGCAAUGGUUUGACAUCACACAUGAAAAACACCCCAACUUUGUCUACCCAAAUAUUUCCUGGAACUGCAGGUCAAGAGCUGGUGCCUCUCAGCACCAUGGCCAUGCCCACAUGUGUCUUGCCGAAGAGUUCCACUAUGGGCAUUGGGAACGUUUAAAGCAGGUGUCUAAACUGUAUGCUGACGAAUACCCUGGAAGGAAUUAUUUUGAUGACUUUGUAGAGGCCCAUCAUGUACUGAAGCUUGCACAACCCAUCGGCRAUGCCUGGCUACUGAUCCACCUUGCACCAUAUUGUGGAUAUGAAUURAAGGUUUUAUGCUGGGAUUUGACAGAAGACUUCAAGACUGCUGUGUACAAGGCUGUAAACAUGCUUGUCAAUGAGUUCAACUCACAAUGCUUCAAUGUCUGCAUUCAAUUUCCACCCCUUCAGAAUGGCAACCUUCGUCCUCCAACUGGCUCACCAAAGCRUAUGAAGUUUGAAAAACCRAAUGGGAGUAAGAUGCCUUUCAUAGCUCAUUUAGUUGACCGAGGGGACAUUAAUAAAGGGACAUCUUCUGAUGUAUGCAGUAUGAGGAUUUAUGGUAGUGCUAUAGUCAAUGAGGACCCUUUUAUUUUAGCAAAGAAGCUGGAAUGGUUAUGAUAAUAUAAACUUUUGAUAUUCAUGCUGAUUUUAUUAAUUUUUCAAUUUAGACAAGGUGAAUUCACUGAUCAAAGCUACAUUGUAUAAAAAUCAAUUCAUUCUAUAGAUUCACCUUUUGUUGCCAAGCAACACUGUGGAUCGUAUUGGAAUUUUGAAAAUGUUUCUUUAAUCCAAUAACACUACAUAUUAAGGAAAAAAAUAUUAUUAUUGAACAGCUUGUUUUUACCUUUUCCAUUUUUUCUAUUUAUGUUUUAAGACUGUCCAGUGCAGAAUGGUCUUCUCAAUCAACCAGAACAGUUUAAAAUAUGGCUGAUAUAAAGCAAAUCAAUCAUUUGUUAAAACUUUACUUGACAUCUGGAAUGAUCACUGAAUAAGAACUAUCAUUUAGAAACUAUUUACAUUUUAUUUCAAAGAAAGAAAAUGCACUCUAGGAGCCUUGAAAAGCGCACUAUUUUUAUAUUAAUGAGUAGGAAUAAUAAUACUAGUUGGUAUAGCUAUAGUUAACUAAUACUAACAAACUAGGAAUUUUACCAAACACAAUUCAGUUGUUUGUCUUUUUAUUCGUCAAAUCCAGUAAUAUACACAUACAUUUAAUGCCUAUAAUAUGAUUCAAAGUUAGAAGUAUAGAAUGGUCCUUUUAUAUGGAAAACAAACGGAUGUAAAGAUGUGAUCCAGUUUCUUUUCCUUAUGCCAUUCUACACUCCUAACCUACACUACUAUAUAUUGUACAAUCAUUAUAAAAACUGUCACAGAGCACAACCCAUGACAGCUUUCUCUGUGCUUUACACAAAAUGUUUAUCAGCUUCAUUGAAUGGAUUGUUUUUUGAUUAAAUUCUAAAGAAYGACAAAGUCAGUGCAACUAAUUCCUGAAGAAAGACUUUCAUGGGGUUCGCAWGUUCAAUUUUACAUUUACAGAGCUAGAUAGUGAUGUCAUUACAGUAAACAAUGUGUGUACACAACCACUUUYAGUAUUAAAGAAUAACGUUUGCAAAGCAAAA